AUGGCCACCAAUGGCACAGGAGGUACUGCGGAACAAGGUGGCUACUCACUAGCUGGCUCACAGCAACCCGAAGGUCAUCGAGGUGGACCCAACAGAGAGACUUAUGUCGCAGAAGGCUACCGUAAUCUCAACCCGCAGUAUGAGAAGAAACAGAAUGAACCAACCUUCAGCUUGGGCUCUAAUCUGCCACGCACUGUGCGUGGUUGGCAAGGCAAAAAGAAGAAUGACCCCUCUGGAGUAGCUCCCGGUGUACAACCUGGCGAGAAGGGAGAGGGAGAAGCAGCACCUCAGCUUCAGGAUACUGACGAACGCAAAAAACAUCGCGGUGGAUCCAAGCAGGAUCCCGAACCGUCCCAGGAUUACAAGCAUCAGAAUCACGGAUCCACACAGAGUAAUCAAUCUGGAGGCAUGAUGAUGCAAGAAUCAAGCGCUCAGGCUGGAGAUGGCGAGAACACAGGUGUGAUCGCCGAUGAAGCAACUUACACUCCUGGUGGUGAUAGCGAUGAUACAACUCUGGCGCCUGAGGAUGAGGAUGUCCUUGAUGAACCCGCGCCAUUCAACUCGUUGGCAACAGUUCGUGCCAAAUUCCAGGAUGCUUUGGGUGAAUGGUUGGGAACAACAAUCUUCAUUGCAAUAGGCGUCAGCAGUAACCUCGCUGUUGCAACUGGAGAAUCACAGCACCCUGGAAUUUACCAGAACAUGUACUGGGGUUGGGGACUUGCAGUCAUGUUGGGCAUUUACAUCUCGGGUGGAAGCUCAGGUGCCCAUCUAAACCCAGCCAUCUCUAUCGCCUUGUGGAUCUACAGAGGUUUCCCUGCGCGUAAACUUCCAACUUUUAUCAUUUUCCAGGCUCUGGGCGCCUUCACUGGUGGUCUCAUCGCCAUAGCAAUCUAUCGCGAUGCCAUCCUUUACAAUGAUGGUGGAUUGAUUGGUUCCUCAAGCGGCAUCCAAAUCUACACACAACCUAAAGAAUACGUCGCCCCUGCCACUGCCUUUUUCACUGAAUUUGCUGGAACUGCAAUUCUUACUUGUUCGAUCUUGGCUCUUGGUGACGACUCAAACUCACCUCCUGGUGCUGGUAUGCAUGCCUUCAUCAUCGGUCUCCUGACUAUCGUCCUCGUCAUGUCUCUUGGAUCCAACACUGGUGGUUGCUUCAACCCCGUCCGUGACUUUGGUCCCCGCUUGGCUGCCAUGGCCAUGGGCUACGGCACUGAGAUUUUUACCGCCUACCACAACUGGUGGAUCUGGGGCGCAUGGGGAGCCACAAUCUCAGGCGGUCUUACUGGUGGCGUAUUAUACGAUGUUUGCGUCUUCAAGGGCGGAGAGAGUCCUGUCAACUACACACCCAAAAAGUGGCAAGGAAAAACAAACGAAGGCAGACUGAAUGUCUUGCAGAUGUUCCGUCAACACACCCAAGCUCGCAAUCUCGAGACUGCGAUGGAGAAGGGCGAGGUUGAGAAUGGAGGUUCUUGA